AGAAAUAAUAAGUAUUUUAAAAAACGUUCUUAAUUUUGUUUAUUUAAAAGAAGUGUAGGUACGUAUCGAGAUAUGUAAUAAUUAGUACAUAUCUAUGCACAAACAUUCAUUUUGUGAUUUUGCGUAAUAGAAAUAUAUGAAAUUUUAUCUAGAUAUUGUAUAGUCUAAAAUUAGAUAAUCAGGUUUUUUAAAUUUUACGAGCCUCUGCCGCUGUGUCAGCCAUAUUGGACACUUGCUCUACCUUCAGUCUCAUAGUUCAACUACAAUCCAGUGGGUGUCAUAAGAGUAUAUGUUUUCGCGAGAAUAUUAUUAUUAUACAUAGGAAUUUACAACGCUCUAUACUCAUACAAAUGUCAAAUCGUCGCAAAAUCAUAUCGUCGAGAAAUACUAAGUGAUUCGCAUCGAUGAGUUCAACGUCGCGUUCUUCAUGGUUUGUUAUAGUGUAAUUAAUAAAGAGGCAGCACAUUGACGAACAAUCUGUCAAACGGGCACAUCCAAAAUGUGGAAGUUCUUCUUCACUAUCGUUCUUUUACUGUACUUCACACAGUGCGAGGCAUCAUAUGAUGAUAAAAGAUGCCACUGCAUAUGUCCAGACAUUGACACAGUUCUUAACAGAACUACAUCAGGUGACAAAAAAGUAUUAAACUUCAUUACAAAUGUUCCAGCUGAUAAAUGUAAUUGUGAUGAUGUAGUUGUACCCAGAAUCGGGGAUCCAAUAAAGGGCAAAGAACAAAUAUUUUGUCCUAGAUGUGAUUGUAAAUAUGAAAAUAGAAAUACUACGAUUAUUAAGAUUGUAGUUAUAAUUGUUAUAUGGGUUAUAUCCCUUUUAGUAAUUUAUAUGUUAUUCUUGAUUUGUUUGGAGCCAUUAUUAAAUAAGCGAUUGCAUAAAGCUGCUGGAAAUGUUGGCUACCAAGAACACAAUAAUGAGGAGGAUGAUACCUCGGUCCCACCUGGAAUGUCACAUGCAAUGGGUGUCAGAGGCAAUGUAUUGAAUCGCGUUGGCCAUCAACAAGAUAAGUGGAAGCGCCAAGUUCGAGAGCAGAGACGUAACAUUUAUGAUCGUCAUACAAUGCUUAAUUAAUGUUGUACAUUAAUUUUUUCAAUACUCUUAAAUUCUCUAUACAUAUUCAAUAUUCAAUGAAUUUGUGGGAAACAUUUUGAAAACUAAAUAAUUAGUUAUAAAUGUUUCUAAUGAUAUUUUUAAAUUUAAUUGAUGUAAAUAUUUAUUAUCGUUUUUUAUUUAUUUUAGCUGAACUACGAAAAUGAAUAUAAAUGUGUGUAUAUAUGCAUACAACUAUGAAUUAGUAAAAAUUAUAUAUUUUGACUUUCAACAUAAUUGAUUAAGGGAAAAUCAUUUUUCAAAUAAAAUUUUUUUGAAAUAAUCUGUGUCAA